CUCUGAAAAACUUAAAUCACAAGUAUUUUAAAAGUGACACACCUGCGUGUAAAUAUGAUAAUGACGCGUAAGAUAGUACCGUUUAACGUUUCAGCUCUGACUUAUACCCGAUUGGCUGUUUGAAAGGCGCGUGCGAAAUGAGCUCUGAGGUGUGCCCAUUCUGCGGGAAAACCUAUAAAAGGUUGAAGAGUCACCUGCCACAUUGCAAGGCAGCUGCUGCCUCCAAAACGCCACCAUCCAAACUAGAUGUCACAGUGAACAAGAAAGCGUCAUCUUCUCAGCUGAAUUCAGUUUUGUCCAAAGCCACAACAAAGGGAAAGAAGUCAUCGUCAUCAGGGACUGGUAAAAAGGACACUGUAUCAGGACCAGCAAAUGUGCCAUCUUCAUCACCACUGACAUCAUCAUCCCUGACAUCACUUCUACCAUCAACUAAGAAGAAACAAAAGCUGGCUGAUCAAAUAAAGACAAGCACCCUUUUGUCAUCUCCAUCUCCACCUCUGUCCCCCACCAUCUCUAAGCCAAAAAAGAAGAGCCUCCGUGCUUUGAUAGAAGCUGCCAAGUCUGACCAAGUUACAAAGGGAUCAUUCUCUGUCACAGAUCCAACUCUAAGCUCCAGAAACACAGCUCGGACAAAGGCCAAAACUAACCCAGGAGAAGACUAUGCCCUUCUAUCUGCAGACACUGCACCCAAAGAUGCACCCAAGAAGGUCUCAAAGACAGAGAAGACUAUUCAAAUGCUUUCCACAACCAAACAGAGUGAAAGUAGCACAAGAUCCCCACCAAGAGACAACUUCUGGGAGGAAAGCAAGGGGGAGAUUGAGGAUUUAUCUGUGAAUGAUUUAGUUCUGAAAUCAGGAUAUGGUCACCAGGCGAAGAUUACCCUCCAGGAUGUUAAAGCCACAUUACGCCGAGCUAGACUCCCUCGUCAGUCCAGCAGACCGAGCAUCCUGAGCCAAAUUGAAACUACUGACAAUCUAUUCAGUAAACUCAGAGUUGGUACGGGUGUCAGUCCAGUUCCUCUUUCAGAAGAUUAUCAAAAAGAUGUUGCACCUUUGUCUGGUGAGCUGCUGAGCACCAGCCCACAACAUACAGAGCUAAAAUCAGAUAAGAAAAUACCCACAAAGGCUAAACAACUGGCUUUAAUCCCUCUGCAAGAUGUGCCAGAACAAACCCUUCCUGCAGCUUCCCUCCUGCCUGCACAGGUGUCAUCUCAGGUGUGGCAAGCUACGCCUCUUCCACUCAACCUGAAUGAGGGGCUUAAGGUGAGCAAUCACAUGACAGGCCUCCUCUCAAAAAAUCUGCCCGUGAAAGUGGAGGUGGUGGAGAAGCCUGUCAGGAAACAGAGCCCCGCUGAAAAUCCAACAGGAGGAACACUCACACAUCGGAGUCUUGGACAGGUGAGACUGAGGGAGUUACCUGAAUGGCUCGCCUGCAAGGCCCCAAGCCAUCCGAGAGAUGUUGUGGAAAUGGUGCAAAGUGGCUGGCAGUGGUAUUACAGGCGGUAUAUUGAUGUGAAAAAAGGAGGUGUGGGUGGACUGGGCAUGUUGUUAGCAGGAUAUUGUGUGCUCAGCUACAUCUGGAGUUACCCUCACAUAAAGCUUGAUCGUUGGAGGAAGUAUCACUAAGGGUCAGGGAACGAUAUUUGGAGCAGAGAAAAGAUUCAGAACUUCAGGACUCCAUAUGAUGGAUUUAUACCUGAGAAAUUGGUACAGUUACUUGUUACAUCUAAGCUCUACCCUUCAGCAAACUGUGUUUAUUUUGUUAGCAUACAGACUAUAUACUGUAUAAAAGAUGAAAAUUUAACCAUUGCAAAAGUGCUUUAAACUGCAUUCUGCUUCCAUAUAAGUGAGCAGAGUUGCUCUUGACUUCAGUCUGAUCCACCCCACAUUCAUAACAGGACAACCGCUCAGCUCUAAGCGUCACAUUGGGACUUCACUGAUUUCACGGUGGCUACGCCAGCGUUCAUCUAGAAACAAAUGUUGCCCCUAGGCACCUAUUUGGGCAGUUUGAUUUCAUUUAUGACUGGGACAUAAAGCAGCAUUAUAGCAUCACCAGUCAAAUCUGAUAAAAGCUACUUGAAAAUGUUUGCUGACUUUGCCCCCAAAUUAGAUAUUUUUUAAAGCCCCCCCCGAAGUCAUAUUUUUACCACCAUGUUUGCUGUUGCUGAAUUCUUCCAUAGAUUAAUAUUCAGGAUUGAGUCUUAUGUCUUUUUCUUCUAAUGUCUCUGGCUAUGUCCAUCUUUCCAUCUCCAUCCAUCUCUACGGUCAUUAAUUUUCCUAAUUAAUUAAUUGGUGACCUUUAGAGAAGCAACACAGAUUGCUUUAACUGUCGGCAGAGCAAGGCUCUUUCCACCUGUUGCUCUACACACAUGCAAGCCAAAAAAUGAUUACUUUUUAUCUUUGACCAUAAUAGUUUCAUUCUUAUCAAUAUAAGGCGUCUACAAGCUUGUUAUUUUUAAAAUUAUUAUUUAUUUAUUUAAUGCGUAUAAUAUCCAAAGGGGUAUUCAUUUUUUUUUUUUAAAGCCUUUUUAAGAGUAAAAACAAUUUUCCUCGUCAGUGACCACUGUGUUCCAGGGCCUCCACUAGCUGUCACUGUUGGGUUGCGUUACUAAACCCAAAAGGGCUGUGGAGUCUGAUGUGUGCUAUGCAGAGUUUUCUUAGCUCUUUUGUGUAGAGGCAUCAGUGCUGGAGUCCAUAAAAGGAUUAAAGGGAACCAACAGAUUUCUAACUUGAUAAAAUAUUCCUCUGGCAGCCAUGAUGCAGAGAAACAUGAAAUCUAAAUGUCAGUGAAAAGAUCAUAUCUGUGUAGCAGAGGGUUACAAGUCUGGUUUUCCUUUGCAACCGUUUCCUCUGUCGCAUGAUGUGAUUAUGCACGCUUAGUCCAUCAAUGCCCGCGCGUGAACCCUCACAGAAUAGUAAUGGAGGGAAACUGAAGGAGGUUCUCAGCCGGACCGGACCAGUUCCUCAUUGUAUUCUAAAUGCAUUUAUUGUUGACUCUCCUUGCUGCUGUAGUGAACACACAUUAGCUACAAAUAAAGAAACGACAGCAUUUCUUUUGUAACUGACACUGCUUCUUGGCCAA